AUGCGCAAGCGCGUUGAGACCGUCGCCUUAGCCCAGGAGGAUGCGCCCGACAGCGGCGGCGCCAAGGCAGCCGGCGGUGCCCGCCGCGGGGCGGCCCUCCUCGCCAACGGCAAGGACACCGCGCAGCUUGAGGCCAUCACCCUGAUGGACUGGGACAUGGCCCUCGGCGGCACGCAGGGCACCCUUGCGGGCGGCCUCCUGCUGGGCGACGGCAGCUUUGCAAACGACCUGGCAUCAGACCUGUUCAUUGCCCCCUCCCUGGACCCCACCUCAACGACUUCCCUCAACCCCUCCUUGACCGCCGGCCGCGGCGGCCGCCACGGCGGCCGUGGGGCAGCCGCCAACGCCGCGAGCAGCGGCGCAGCCGGCACGCUGGCAGCGGCGCUCGCUGGCGGCGGGCGCGGCGGGGCGCGCUGGGUCGGGCAGGAAGGCGCGGGCGUCGACAUGUUCGAGGCGGAGGGCUUCGGAUUCGGCGCUGAAGCCGCUGAGGAGCAGCUCCUGGCCAUGGACCACGCCAAUGAGGUGUUCGACGUGGCCCCGGACUUUGACAUCUUUGGCGCCGACCUGCAGGAGAUGCUGGCGCCCCCAUCAGCUGCCGAGGAUGAGCCGCCGAUGGACGAGCCCCCGCCCUUUGACGCCGACCCCGAGGCCGGCGCGGACCAGCAGCCGCCCGGCAGCUGCCAGGCCGACCCCUCCGCCCUUGCUGAUGGCGCCGCCAACGGCGACGCGGGCUCCGGCGCGGCCGAAAAGGCGCACGUGGUGGCGGGCUCCAGGAAGCGCGGCGUGAAGCGGCGCGUCAAUGCGCCGGUGGUGGACCCUCCGACAGAUCUGCAGAUCAGCAACUCUACCUAUCGCGAGUGGAUCAAAGACUCCUCCCGCAUCACUAUCACGCGCCCGCUGCGCCGCGGCGGCGGCGCGGACGGCCUGCCGCCCGGCGCCGACGGCAGCCCCACCGCCAAGAACAACGCCGCCGCGGGGCGCGAGGCCUGGAGCAGCCUGCUGCCGGCCUCCGCGUUUGCCGCCGGCCUGAUUGGCCUCGCCACCGGGGGGCCCCUCGCCUGGGGCGACGACGUCAUCGCCGCCUUCCGCCUCUGCGCCGGCGACCGGGCCGGCGCGCCCGCGCGCCGCGAGGGCGGCGACGCGGGCGCGACCGGCGCGGGCGCGCUGGGGUUCGAAGAGGCGCUGCGGUUCCGUGGCGACGGCGGCGGCGGCGGCGGCGCGGCGGCGGCGGCCCAGGAGCGGCGCGCGGGGGGCGCGGGCGGUGGGCGCGAGGACGCGGCGCGGGCGGCGAAGCGGGCGAGGUUUGGGGAUCUGCCGCUGGAGCAGGAGGAGGGCGCACACUACGACAUGGAGGAGCUCCCACUGGACCCGAUGUUUGAGGAGCGCAAUGACACACUGGGGGACCUGGCCUUUGGGGGCGACAUCGAGACCGAGCGCCUGCGCGCCGCCGCGCCGACGCCCGGCGCCAGCGGCGACAGCGCCAACCCCCUGCUCCGCGCCCGCACCCCCGGCUCCAGCCUGGGGGCCGGCGGCGGCGGCGCAGUUGGCAACGCGGCCGCCGUGCGCCGCGCCGGGCGGGAGCAGCGCAGCGGCAGCGAGACUGGGAGCCUGUUGGGGCCAGAGAGUGUGCUGAGGAGCGACCUGCGAGGGCGCCGGCGCGGGGGCGGCUUGGAGGGGUUCCUGAUUGAGGUGGUUGGGCCGGGGGCGGGGCUUGUGGGCGGGCUGCCGCUGUGGCUGAGGGAGGACGAGUCCCCUCUGGCCCGCAUGGGUGGCCGUCGCAGCGGCAGUGCGGGCGGCAGCCUGAGGGACCUGCUGCCCGACGUUGUGGAGGAGGCCCCGCAGGAUGAGGAGAUGCCAGAGGGCGAGCCCCCCAGCGCCACCCUGCCCAGCAGCCAGUGGCAGCUGCUGGUAGAGAGCGGCACGCAGCACGUCCCGCGCCCCGAAGACUCAAUGAACCACGCCACGCACACCGCCAUCAAGGUCUUCCGCUCGCGCCUGCUGGAGGCCUCGCGGCGCGGCGCCGGGUCUAUCUCCUUCCUGGCCAUCGCCAGGCGCCUGUCCAGGGCCGAGGCCGCCAAGGCGUUCUACCAAGUCUGCGUGACCAACGCGACCGGCCAUAUCAAGGCCACCCAGGCGCAGCCCUUCAACGACAUCCAGAUCGCGGCGGGGCCCCAAAUGUGA